AUGCCGCCUAAACGCUCCAAGCCCCAACACCAAAAGAGCAAACGAAUUCGAGUGGCCCGCCCCGAGACUGGCCCUCCGGCAGAAUCCCAGUCCCCAACAGCCAAGAGCGAGGCAGACUCUCCAGUCUACUUUUGGCGCAUAUCAGAUCCUGCGGGCUACCUUUCCCAAUGGUACCCGUGCGCCUUCAGCGACGACAAGGACCCCUCCAUCAUCUACCCAACCGCUGAGCACUACAUGAUGUACCAAAAAGCCGUCCUCUUCUCCGACUUGGACGUGGGCGCGGAGAUCCUGGCCACCCCCGACCCGCGAGAGGUCAAGGCCCUGGGGCGGAAGGUAUCCAACUUCUCGGACGCAGUGUGGAACGCGCGGCGCGAGGGGAUUGUGCGCCGCGGCAACCUGCUCAAGUUCACGCGGCCCGUCGAUCCCGAGGACGGAUGGUGGAUGGUGCACUUGGACGGCGAGGGCGGCGAGAGCGUCAGCAUCCGGGAGCUGCUGCUCCGGACCGGGGACAGGGAGAUCGUCGAGGCGAGCCCGCUGGACCGGAUCUGGGGGAUCGGGUUUAGCGCGGCCAAGGCGGAGAGCAUGAGGAAGAGGUGGGGGCUGAAUCUGCUGGGCAAGGCGUUGAUGGCUGUUAGGGAAGAGUUGUGA